AUGAAGCGUUAUAGUGCCUUGUAUAUCAGUACAAUUGAGAAUAAACUCUUUAAAGUAUCAGAAAACAUGGGAUUUAGUGAGGCACAGAGGGUUGAGAACGCAGGCCUGUGCGCAUGUCAGAUGGCCCUCCAACUAGUGGGUGGCAGUAACCGUCUCACUCAACGUAACGCUCCAACACCACAUGUCGUGAUCUUGGCUGGACCAAACGCUGUCGGUAUUCAAGCAAUUUGUGCUGCCAGGCAUCUGGCCAAUCAUAAGGUUCAAGUGACUUUGACAGUGCCAUAUAAAAUAUCACAAGAGCUUACGUCAGUCAAUCAAUGGGCCAAUGAGAAUAAAGCACCAGUUUUGUUACUAGACCCCUGCUCUCGCUCUCGGAUGCUGGGAGUAGAAUCAAAGUGGUCAUUGUCAUUUGGUUUACCGCUGAUCGAUGUCCCAACUGAGUGUCGGACGUACCUGGCCGAUCUGGGCAUGCCAAAAGGAAUAUACACCGCUGUUAAUAUUAACUACACCUCGCCAUUCGGAGAGAAGUUUGUAAUUGCAUUGAAUCAGUAGUGACAAGGGGAAGGAAGUGAAAGUCUUAUCCGAUUUUAACAACAAGACAAAUGAGAUUGGGUCCCGUUUUUGAAAAGGUGACGAAGAUUUUGAGAUGGAAAAGAUGCCUGUCACAUGUACAGGAAGGUCUUGAGCUAAGUUUUUUUUAUCACUUUUGCAUUACUUUCGCUGAAAAUUGUACUCCAGUUCAAUAAUAUACGUCUUAUUCGACAUAUAAACUAACAAAAAAUUCUUAACAGCGGAAUUAAAAAAUGGUCAAAAUUUAUUUGCGAUGAUCUUUGUAAUAAUCAUAAAUAAUGUGUCUAGUCAUCCCAAAUACAUUUAUUUUCGAUAAUCUAAUCAUACUUCCUCAACAGCUUUAAUACUGUUACAAGAUUAGGUCAUGCACCUUAUGCGAAGUCAAAUUCGAGUCUAUACACUUGCAAUCUGCAUGUUGACUAGAUACGAACUUUUAACCUUGCAGUCAGUACUGUACAACCUUUAAGAUGAUUUUAAGGAAAUCCACAAUAUCAACGUCAAAGCACUUGCUUUUCAUUAUCUAAGCAUGCAUGCAUAUAAAGUCCCGAAUUCUGCAUAUUAACAUUAAAUUUCCUGAAAUCUCAGCUGCAUAUAAGCCUACACAUAUUAGUCUUCAAAAUCCAAUUGCCUCAGUUACCUAUAUGUACAACAUUGCAUGGGUCUUUAGGAUAACCACGUUUCCACAAUAUGCAGUGACUUGCCUCUCAUACACAAAAUAUCCUUAUAGGGUAAACCACAUAUGUCAUGCCUAUAUAUGCAUUUACUGUUCCUGCACAAUAUAAUCAUUUAUAACUCGCUGUGAGUUCUCUACAUUAGACUUCUUACUUUAAGACCUACAGUACCUACUAUAGAUUACUUGUUCUUCAUAAUCCUAAUCAUCUAUAACUUGGCAUUGAGUGCUUUAGGUAACCGUGCAUGCACAUACUGCAUAUGAUUCUGUAAUCAUCAUCAUCGCUCUGGAAGCCAACAUUUAAAUUAUGUAAUAUAGUUGUUCACAUCAAUAACCAUUAAUGGUAUCAAAUAACUCGAAAGUAAAUUCCGUACAUUAUCAAACAGCAACAAUGGUCCACCUUCUAGACAGUACGUUCUAUAAUUGCAUGUUAUAUCAUGCUUCAGCACAGCCGUGACUGUGAGUUUAUUAAAAAAGCAACCCAACAUUUAAAAACAUGGUCUUCACUCUGUUUCAGCACUAACAAUAUAUUGUGUAUAUGGUUUAAAUAACGCUUUGAAUCUUGGAGUGGCACGAGCCCCGUGUAGCAUCAAUCAGGUAAAAUUGCACAUUCGAGACAGGCGAACAGAUGCUUGCUCGCAGGAAAUCAAAGAUAAAAUAGAACAACCAGGAAGGUUACGAAUUAAUCUAAUUAAAGUUUAACCCAUGGUGUUUUUACCAGACUGAACAUUCGAGAAAGCGACCUUCCCUGUGUGACGUAAUCAGUAGGUAGGCAUGAGAACUUCCAAGUUGCUUCUAGUUACAAGAUGAUUGUAUCGAUAUAAUCGAAAAGAAUUAUUCCGCUUGUAGAUAAUUUUGUUGUAUCAGUAACAGAUUGGAUACCGACCGAUGUCACUGCCACUGGAUCUCUGGCGUGGAGAGUUAACAACUAUUGGAGAUACCCAGGAAAUACAAAGUGCAUUUAGUUUGAAUUCCUUUUGAAUGGUACACUGCAUACGUAGGCUAGGAAAGGAUUUUCACGCUGAAUUCGGGGAAGAAGACCUGCAGUUUUGCAGCUUUGGAAAACCUCGGUAUAAAUUAGGUUAAUUAUAAACCGUGCACGGGCUUGUCUGGGCGUUCCAGCAAAUCGCGGCGUUUCUUUCUGAAGCUUGUCCUUGGCCUACACCAGAUGCAUAAAUUAUUUCCUAAAUUUAACUUUCCGCCUUCGGGGUACACGCUACAAUGGAGGCAGUGCAAAAGCCAAUAUUCGCUUGCCAACGAGUUGAUGAGUUGGCUGCAUUUUGCGAAUGUCAGGGUCGUCCAGCGAAACGCCGCUGCGUCGAUACCCAGGGUGGCGCGCGUGAUAACGGUAUAUUAAGGUUAUGGCGCAGCGUGACAGCGAUUUUCUUAAGCCCCGCUGCGAAACCAACCCAAAACAAACCCUUUUGUCUAAUGCGGUUAUAAUUCUUUGGAUUCCUCACAAAUUAUGAACAGCGAUUUCGAAAGCGUUUGAUUACCUUGCUAUAGAACAUGAAAUAAUUAGUUAUUGUAAAACAGAGCUGUCUUUGUGGAAACCACCAUCAUUAAAUUGUGAUGCAGUUGUUUUUGAAAUUCCUACCUAACCGAAUCAGUUUUGGCCGAGAAAAAGAAUAGUAAUCGAGAACAGAUUUUCGUGCGUUCCAAAGUGCAUUGCUCGCUUCGUUGAUUUUUGCUGAAUAACAAUUCGGACUUUGAAGGCUCAGGAAAUCCGUAAAACGUUCCAUUGAAGUUUUCGAUUUGUAAACUUGGGGAAAAGUUUAAACUUUAAGUAUGUUUUCCGUUUAAAGUGUGCGUCGCGUGAACUUUCUUGCGUUUUAUAUUGCGGGGCGGGUGAUAUCUUCCCAAGUAUUUGGAUCAUUUAAUUAUGAUAAGAUCAGUAAUGAAUUCCCCCAAGUGAGUUGGGCACUCCUUCAAAGCAACAAUUUGAAUCGGACUUUGUUCCUUUGAUGCUGCGACUGAAAUCCGACAACCUCGAAAUAUGCCAAGAAAGCUGGCCAAAGUUCCAGCCAAUAUUCACGAUGACCACUUGUGAGACACGUGUACUUGUAAGAUAGUCCCGUACAAUUAUUCCCCUGUUUAACUUAUUUAUACUAAGAACAAUAUGUAAUGGCAAAUUUUCAAUCGGUUUUUGAAAAUGGUAUAAAGAGCAGCAAUUUGCGUGGGCCGGUUUUGAUCACCUUGUGAGAGUGUCGGAUCGAAGGCUGUUUAGAAUACAAAGAACUGACAUAUCGACUUAGAUAGCAACGUUUUGAAAACCUAUUAUUAAUGGUCGGAAAUACAAAU